AUGGCAGGACACAGGGUUGCACAUGCCACAUUGAAAGGGCCUAGCGUUGUAAAGGAGUUAAUCAUCGGUAUGGCACUCGGUUUAGCUGCUGGUGGUCUUUGGAAGAUGCACCAUUGGAAUGAACAGAGGAAAACCAGAGCUUUCUAUGACUUGCUUGAGAGAGGUGAGAUCAGUGUUAUUGCCGCCGAAGAGUAAUAAAAGCUGCUCAAAGACUCAUCUUCAUGGAAAAAUUCAAAUUUUUUUUUUUUUUAAGUUUCUGUUUAUAAAUAACUCUGAGAUGAGUUUGGAUUUUUCGAGAAAUAAACAAAUCUUAGAAUGAGAUUUGGUAGAUCAUAAACUGAUUUAAAUGUGAUGGUCGAUUCAGACAAAGCUUUCUUAUUUUGUUUUGUUUUGUUUUGUUUAUUAUGGAACGACUUAUUCAUGGAAGUACUGCACUUGACAAUGUUUCCAACUCCUGAUUGUUAUUAUUUCGAACCAGAAUAAAUAUAGCUUGUGUUGCAUUUGCCA